UGAUUCACAACAGCAGUAGCGGCAGCGCUGGAGAUCCAGCGGUCGGCCAGCGCAUGGAUCCCCGGUGAGAAGCGCCAACACUCCGACCAGUGUACAAGGUGUGUGAGGUGUUAUGGCGCUGUGCUCUGAGGUUUCUGGCUCAGGAGGAGAAUCCUCUGGCAGUGAGGCGAGCUGUCUUCAGUUUGGUGUUCGCUCCUAUCUGCACCACUUUUACGAGGAGUGCUCAUCCUCCGUGUGGGAGAGGGACCCGGAGGAUAGGGGAUGCGUCCCAAGCCAGAGCUCAGCCCUGUGGUGGAACUCAACAGUGUGGAAGGUGUCCUUGACUCUAGGUCUCCUGAUCCUGACUGCAGGCAUUGCCAGCCUCUCAGUCGGUUAUUCCACUCCAGUUAAAUUAGAGUCAUUUGGAGAAGGAGACCUGUUCUUUGUGGACAACCGAGCCGUCAGCUUCAACAGAGGGCUGCAUGUCAGCGCCGCUGCCGGCAUUGGGCUCACCUGCCUCGGCUCGGCCCUGACUACCAUGGGGAUUGUUGUUUGGAUCCUCCCCGGGGCCAACUUGAAAGAGAGGCUGUUCCACAGACCAGGGGAAGGGGAGCGGAGAGGAGAGUCGGGGCUGAAGUCUAGGAGACCUAGGGAUCCGAGGGAUGUGAUCACUAAGCCACCAGGUGUAGAGGAGGGGAAGAUACUCAUCACACUGUUCAAAGUGGAAACUGGGACGCUCACUUCUUAAACAUCU